AUGAUGAAAAUCAAUUUCAAGCGGUUAACUAUAGCACGAUGGACGAUAUUUGUACCACUAAUUAUUUAUAUGAGCUUGUUAUAUAUAAAAUAUAACAGAAAUAUAAAAUUAAAAAGCCCUGAUGAAAUGGACGAGGAUGCUGGUAUACAGAGUUUAUUUUCUGAGCUUGAAUCAGUGUCAAUAAAAAAUUUUAAAGAAAGUAACAUUGAUAAAUCUAUAAGUAAGAAUUUUAAUUUAAAUAGUAUUGAUAGUAAUAAUGUUGAACGAGAAAUUCAUGAAAAUCCGAGAUUACUGCUGGAAAAUAUAUUCAGAAAAGCUGAUGUUAAUGAAAAUCAAGAAUUAGAUAUGCAAGAAAUUGCUAAGUGGAUUCACGGUAAAAUAAUUCAGCAUAUUGAUCGUGCGAUGAGAGAUAAUAUUGGUUUAUUCACAGCUAUUGAUAUAAAUCCACGUAAUGGUGAUAUUUCUUGGGAUGAAUACCACGCAUAUUUUUUACGAUCCCAUGGAUUUGCAGAUUCUUACAUUAAUUCGCAUGAUAAAAGACAUUCAGAGUUAACGAGAACACUUAAAGAAAGUAUUAUGAGAGAUCGGGCGCGAUGGAUUGAAGCUGCCCGAAACGAUCCAGAUAAAUUAACGCUGGAUGAGUUUCUCGCUUUCACUCAUCCUGAGAGUAGUCAUCGUGCGCUUUUACAAAUGGUUGAUGAUUUGUUUGAAAAAUUCGAUCGUGAUGGAGAUGAAGAAUUAACAGAAAACGAAUUUGCUGAUUUACCUGUUGAUGGGAUGGGCCUAGAUUUGCGUGAAGAUACUCCAGAACCUGUGGGUGGAAGUGAAGGACGUAGACAAGAAUUUCAGUAUUUGAUAGAUAAAAACAAAGACGGCAAAGCUGAUCGUUCUGAAUUACUGAUGUAUAUCGAUCCAAGAAAUCCCAGACACGCGAUACAAGAAGCGCAGCAUUUGAUGGAUCUUGGUGAUAUUGAUCAUAAUAGGAAACUUAGUUUAUCUGAAGUACUCAGCAAAACGGAUUUAUUUUUAGGAAGUAAAAUGGUCGAUACAGAAAAAAGUUUUCAUGAUGAGUUUUGA